GUUUCUUCCUUGCUUGCUUUGCUGCUUGCUGCUGCCUCCAGUGAGUCAUCACUGAGCUGUGAGCUGUGAGCUGUGGACCUGUGGUGGUCGUGUCGUGAUCUUCUUCUUCUUCAUCUUCUUCUUCCCUCUUGCUGGUUCGGUUGCUGUGUGGCCAUGGCAGCGGCGGCGCCGUACGCGCGGGUGAUGGAGGACAUGGUGAAGGGGCGGGAGUACGCGACGCAGCUGCAGGCGCUGCUCCGGGACUCGCCGGAAGCCGGCCGCCUCCUGGACCGGAUCCUCCACGCCAUGUCCCGCACCAUCGACACGGCCAAGGCCGCCGCCGCCGAGGAGGAGGAGGCGUCCGAGGUGCAGAGCGACGUCACCUGCGCCGGCACUGCCGGCAGUAGCAAGCGGAAGGCCGCUGGUGGAGGGGACAAGAGGGCCUCCUGUCGGAAGAGAGGCCAGCAAGGAUCAUCGGUUGUGACGAAGAACAUCAAGGAUUUGGAGGAUGGGCACUCAUGGCGAAAGUACGGACAGAAGGAGAUACAAAACUCAAAGUACCCAAAGGCCUACUUCCGGUGCACGCACAAGUACGACCAGCAGUGCGUGGCGCAGCGGCAGGUGCAGCGCCGCGACGACGACCCGGACACCUACACCGUCACCUACAUCGGCAUGCACACCUGCCGUGACCCGGCCACCGCCGUCGCGUCGCUCGUCGUGCACGCGGCCGGCGUCACCGGCGACGACCUCCACCACCACGCGGGGUCCCGCCUCAUCAGCUUCGCCGCCGCCAACAACAACGCCAGCGCGGCGACGACCAGCACCACCACCACCGGGAACACCACCAACCAACAACUGGCGGUCCUGCAGCCCCUGAAGCUGGAGUGCGGCGGCGGCGGCGAGCAGGAGGAGGUGCUGAGCAGCCUCACCCCGGCGGGGAGCUCGGCGGCCGCGGAGGCGAUGCGGAACGGGAACGCCGCGGCGGCGGCGGCGACGACGACAGGGCCGGAGCCGGACCAGGGGGACGUGACGUCUGGCCUGCAGCUGCAGCAGUUCUACGGCGCCGGCGAUGACCUUGCGUACAUGGCGCGCUUCAGCUACGAUGACACGUUCGAUCUCGAGGACAUUGUUGUGUUCGGAGCUCCGGAUUCGAUCACGGACAUUUAUGCUGAUGAGUAGACCAAGGAAUCGGAAGAAGAUGGUGGAGCAGGACAGGUUGAUGGAUCGACGCGUAUAUACUGUGCGAAAUUAAAAUAAUGGCUGCGCGGAUCGCAAUUCGCAAUGCAUAGUUUAGUUUGUAUAUAUGAGUAGUAGCUGUUAUCUACUCUGUUGUAAGAUUAUGUUGUAAGAUUAUGUUAAGAGUUUGUUCAUUAGCUACUAGGAGCAGAACUGAAGAAGCUUUUGGUUGGCCUUCUACGAGAACAGCGGAACUUGUUACGCCUUGUGUUUUCA